AUUCAUCCCAGAUCAGUUCAGGAUCAUAUUCUAAGGAGUAAAGCUUGGUGCAUCACAUCUUGAAAAUGACAACAAUGAAAGUUUUAGUUUUUGUGGUCCUUGCUUCGGUUGGGGUUCUGAAUGCUCAGAUGCUAAACUCAGAUAUGGCUUUAGCUAUGCUUUUGGGAAAUCAAAAUGGCGGAGGCGGUGGUGGAAACCUUUUGCAAAAUUUAGUAAUGAUGAAGACACUGGGUGAUGCUGGUCCCGCCUUGAUGUUGGCUAUGCAGAAUCAAAGAAGAUUCCGGGAUACUGGUGCCGGGCCUGCUGCCGAAGGUGUUCCCAACAGAGGAGAUGCAGGAGCAACACGAUCAAACGCACUUCUAGGCUUAAGAGGACUGGGAGGCGCUGGUGGUAUUUCACCAUUGUUGUUGGCGCUCUCAGCUGGCGACACAAUGAAGAAAAUUGCUCCUCUUCUGUUGCUUCAACAAAAUCGUAUUUAAGUUGUUCGCACAUUACUUAAUAUUUGGUCUUUCCUAUGAUAUCUUAUUUUCGUCAUUUGAAAAAAUUAAUUUUGUAUGAGCACACUCUUCUCGACAAUCCAUCAGAAACAGGAAAACAGAAAUUGUCAUUAUUAAUGUUAGAAAUACAUUUCAUUAUAUAAUGUGAGAAAUAAAUUAUUUUUGUUAGUAUUUUCA